AUGUCACCAUUCAAAAAUAUCAUCCUUAUUGGCGCCGCGGGCUCCAUCGGUAGCGUCGUCCUGGCUGCUCUGGAGAAGGAGCCCAGCUUCACCAUUACCCUCAUACAACGUGCCUCUUCCAAGGCCAAGAUGCCUGCGCACCUCAAGGCAAUCACUGUCCCUGAUUCGUACCCUACGGACGAGCUGAUUCCUGCAUUUCGAGGUCAGGAUGUUGUCAUCAACUGCAUGACCUCAUUAUCGGUGGCCGACCAGUUUCGCAUCAUUGACGCUGCCAUCGCGGCUGGUGUGCGUCGAUAUGUGCCCAGCGAGUAUGGCCUCAACAAUAUGAGACGCGAUGCCCAGGCACUAAACCUCGUCUUCCACGACAAGGGUAAGAUUCAGGAGUACCUCCGAGCCAAGGCUCAGGCAGGAGUUAUUGAGUGGAUGAGCAUAUCGUGCGGCAUGUGGAUUCGUUGGUCCAUGGCACAUGACUUCCUCGGCAUGCACAUUGGCGAGCGACGAUUCGUCUUCUGGGAUGACGGUGAGGGCUAUUUCUCUUGCACCACCGAGGAAAACUCGGCUCAGGGCUUGGUUAACGCUCUGCUUACCGCUGGUACUGAUCGCGACGUCUGGAAAAAUACCAACGUCUAUCUGAGCGACUUUGCCAUCACCCAAAAGCAACUUCUCGAAGCGAUCGAGCGCAUCCAGGGGGUCAAGUACACUACAGAAAGUAUUGACGGCCACAAGUUUAUCGAGGAGAAGCAGGCUGCCGUAGCUGCCGGCAACGCUACGGCCACCUUUGACCUUAUAGAGACUGGGUUUGUCACAGGGCGUUAUGGUGGUCACCUUGAGAAAGAGGGCGAGAUCCAGAAUGACAAGCUGGGUUUGCCCAAACAGACAUUGGAUGAGGUGGUCAAGGCUGCAUUGGAGGCUUACGGCGCUAUUUGA